AUGUCCGAGAGAAAAGUAUUAAACAAAUACUACCCCCCGGAUUUCGAUCCCUCAAAAAUUCCUCGUAUGAAACUGGCGAAAAACCGCCAGUAUACUGUGCGACUCAUGGCUCCCUUUAACAUGCGUUGUGCUACUUGCGGCGAGUAUAUUUACAAGGGGAAGAAAUUUAACGCCCGCAAGGAAGACGUAGAAAAUGAGGACUACUUAGGCAUAAGGAUCUACAGGUUUUAUAUCAAGUGCACAAGAUGCCUUCAAGAGAUAUCAUUUAAAACAGACCCCAAAAACACAGAUUAUGAAAUAGAAGCAGGUGCAACAAGAAACUUUAUGGCUCUCAAGUUAGCGGAAGAACAAGCAAAGAGAGAAGAGGAAGAACAAAAGGAGGAAGAAGCUAAUAAUCCAAUGAAGCUCUUAGAGUAUCGCACGGAACAAUCGAGGCAAGAAAUUGAAUUAUUGGAAAGUUUGGAAGAGUUGAAAGAACUAAAUCGGCGGCAGAGGGCAGUUGAUUAUGAAGGAAUGCUGAAACAAUAUCAGCCAGAGACAACUGAACAGAGAAAAGCUAGGGAGGAACAGGAGGAUAAUGAUUUUAUUAAAUCUGUUAAAUUCAACAAUCCACUGAAGCACAAGGUAGUAGCUGAAGAGAUCAUCGAGGAAGUGAAAGAGGAAACUGAACCAGCUGCCAAAAAUAUAAAGUUGGAAGAUCCACCUCCAAAAUUAUCAGCUCCGAAGAAAACAGAAACAUGGAAUAAAAGCAUAGGAGUUAUAUCAAAGAAAAAUCCACUUGCCAAUCUUGUUAGAAAGAAACCAGAGACAAUAGAAGUUAAGAGUGAACCAAAAGAACCAUUAGCGACUUCUUCAAAUACAACUGACAAUAUUAAGGAAGAUGUUAAAGAAAGUAAACCUUCUGGACUGUCAUUAUUAGCUAACUAUUCGGGAAGUGAUAGUGAUACAUAG